AUGGACAGACCAAAUACUGUUACAGUCCACGCCCUCGCUGCUGGCAGUCUAACUCUCCCCGAGAAAUUCUUCAUCGACCCAGUGGACAAUGAUUCAGAGUCCAGAAAGACAGUGCCAUCACUUUCUUUCUUGAUCCAGCAUAAAUGCCAAUUCUCCGGAAAAGUCACUCGCCUGGUGUUUGACCUGGGAAUCCGCCGGGACCCUGAUCUCUACGUCGACCGUGUCCGGAAACAUCUCGCAACCAGACAGCCCGUAUCGGGAUUUCCUGAUGUGAUCCAUUCCCUUUCUCUUGGGAGCCUGACAAACGCAGACAUUGACUACGUUAUUCUGUCGCACGUUCAUUGGGAUCAUAUUGGCAUGCCCUGGGACUUUUCUGAGUCGCAAUUCAUCGUUGGCAAUGGGUCAUUGGAUCUUCUGUCAGGAAACAGCAGCAUGUCAAACGGUAGCCAUAGUAACUUCGAAAGUGGAUUACUGCCACACGAACGAACGAUAGAGCUCUGUGGCCCGGGAAGGAAUGAUAGCAACCAGUCAAACAAAGUCCACGACCGAGGCUUACAAGAACGAACGUGGGAACCCCUGAACGAGCUACCCCAUACUAUCGACAUAUUCUCCGAUGGAAGUGUAUUCAUCGUCAAUGCACCCGGUCAUCUUCCCGGACACAUCAAUUUACUAUGCCGUGUCAGCGCAUAUCGAUAUGUCUAUCUUGCCGGCGAUGCAUGUCAUGAUCGGCGGAUAUUGGCUGGAGAGAAGAACAUUGCAGAAUGGACGGAUCCUCAUGACACUGAUCGGAUUUGUUGUAUCCAUGCGGAUCGUGCGCAGGCGCUUGAGACACUGCGGAGGAUAGGCCGUUUGGAACGGGGCGAGACCUCCCUGGGUGAAGUGGAAGUUGUUUUGGCUCACGAUGCUGAAUGGGCUGAAGAUGCUAGGCGAAGAGGGAGAUAUCUACCUGGUACUCUAUAG